AUGGUACCGCCCACAUGCAUUCUCAAACAUUUCUUUUACUGCUUUUUAAAACCACUUGCAAGAAAGCAGAAGCUUUUUCUCUUCUGAAAAUACCAUUUCCGUUCUUCACCUUCCUUCUUCAUCCAUGGAUACUGCUAAAUGGCCUGAGGAUAUAGUGAUGAAACAGAUGGAAGAGAUAGUAACAUGUCCAAAACCUUCUUUAGAAAGGAAAAGGCCUCAGAAAGAACAAGCUGUGAAUUGUCCAAGGUGCAAUUCAACAAAUACAAAGUUUUGCUAUUACAACAAUUACAGUCUCUCUCAGCCAAGGUAUUUUUGCAAGACAUGCAGAAGAUAUUGGACAGAAGGUGGAUCUUUAAGAAAUAUUCCUGUUGGAGGGGGUUCAAGAAAGAACAGAAGAUCACAUAAUUCUGCUAAUUCUUCUUCAAUUUCACCAAAAAAUGUCCCUGAUCUAGUUUUACAAAACCCUAAAAUCCACGAUAACCAUGAACUCAACUUGGGAUUUUCGACCCAGAAUGAUUUCAAGGCUAUAAAUGAACUGAUUCAAGUUCCCAACUUUGAUAUUAAUGGGAACAAGGAAUUAAACAAUCGUUCUUCUUCUUCACCUUCAUCUCACCUUUCAGCUAUGGAGCUCUUGACUGGAAUUUCAACAUCAAGUGGCUUAAAUUCCUUCGCCCCAAUGCUAAUUACCGAUCCAAAUAUAGUCUACUCAUCGGGGUUUCCUUCGUUGCCAGAUUAUAAUCAAUUUAAACCCUCUUUGAACUUUUCUUUGGAUGGAAAUAUUGGGACUAGUACUGCAUAUGGGAGUUUCCAGGGAGCGCAAGAGACAAAUGUGAAGGUUCCUUUUCCAUUUGAAGAUUUGAAGCAGGACCCAAGCACCAAAAAUACAACUGAUCAUGCUGAGCAAAAUAGAGAUCAACAUGGAGAUUCAACUGGAUAUUGGAAUGGAAUGACAGGAGGGCCAUGGUAAAAGAACUGAGUAUACAAUUAUCCAGGAACUAUUUUUAUUCUUCUUUUUUUUUUUUUAAUAGUGUUUUGAACUGGGUUACUUGUUUGAAUAUUGCAAACAACUGCUAACUCAUAUAGUACAAGGGUUUCUUUUCCCUCUUUUCCAUGUUCAAGUCAAUAAUUAUCGUUACUGUCUGAUCAUGAUGGGAGUUUGAAGCUUGUUUAGGUAUUCGCUUCAGUUUAAGGUGCUAUUUGGGAUACUAUGUAUUGAUAGAAGAAAAGAUGAUGAAAGAAUUUAAGCCAGCCCAUAUUUUUGAAGGGCAAAAUCAGCCAUAAUACUUUUAUCCUGAUAUUAGAGGCAAAAGAAGCAAAUUUUUAUUUCAUAAUUUGUUGCCUGGUAAAACAAUCAUGUAUGCAUCUAACUUUGUAUUGAGCUUUGCUAUGAAAUGUUCUUCUCUUGUUUAUGUA